UAUAGUGCUGCCCAACACUCAAGCUGUCGGGAAAUCUGAAACUUGGUUCUUCUCUUUAAUUCUUUUUUCUUAAUAUCAAUCAAUUAAUAUAAAACGAUGGAGAGCUAUGACGAAUCGCAAAUGGUUUACUGCCCGUACAAUAAGGAGCACAAAAUGCUGCGCAAGAAACUCCAGCAGCACAUCCUGAAAUGCCGUGUGAUCUACAAAGACACGGUGGAACUGAUGGUUUGUCCCUUUAACAAGGCGCAUCUUAUUCCGGAGCCCGAGUUUUUUCAACACACCAAAUCGUGUGAGGAUCGGAAGAUUAUAGUGCACUAUCAGACGAGUGCACCUGCUGUUCUGAACGAAGACACCAGACACGCCAAGAUCGAGUGCGAAGAAAACUGGGACGACGAUGAUGUCCCCGACUACGAUCCGCAGGUCUAUUGCUCCACGGCCAACAUAGUGAGGGAACCGAAUGGAUUGUUUCCCUCACAGCGAAAGGCUUUUAUCAAGGAGGAGAAUCGUCGUCAGUUUGGCGAGGAUUACAAGGAGGAGAAGCCCCCAAAGGCUAAGAAACGCGCGGAGACUCGUCCCGCGCCCUAUGAAGCGUGGACGCCAUACUCAAGGCGUCAGUAGCUGGAAUAUACAAAGAUUCCCCCCGAACAAAAACCAAAGUAUUUUUAGAGGCUUUAACUGAGCUCACAAAUUCAGAAAACCAAGGGAUCACGUUUUAAAAUGCCGAUUUAGCUUGUGCUCUUAACUAAGAAAGGUUUCGAUUUGAGUUGAGCAGUAAUAUACAAAAAUAUUUGGCGAUUAAUAAUAUAAUUCUUAAAAUCAAGAAUUAUACAUAUCAGUCAAAAGCCAAAUCUAAUUUCAUUCACAUUAAGAUUUAGUUGAGUUGCUUUUGAAACGCAAUGUCGAAUUCUUAAUGCUAACAAAAAAAAAAAAUAUAUAAAUAUAAACUAUUUGUUGAAAAUAAAACAAGUGCCUUCUCUCCAACAAAUAAAAAAAAUUAAAAUACA